GCACUGAGGAGGAGACGCUGAGAGCCAAAAGGGAAAAAGAAGCAAGAAGAGGGUGAAUGAAAGAAAGAGGAGCAGACAGAGACAACCUGAAAGACAGUACAGAAGCAGAACUGUUUUAUACAUAGUACUGGAAACUUCAACACAAAAAUGGCAAAUCCAGUAGGAGUGCUCCUGGCUUUACUGUUGUUCCUGAGUGCCAGCGUGCCAUGUUUUUCUGUGUACAGCAGUGGUGAAUGCUUCUUCAACACUAAAGGGUCCUGUGAAUACAUGGGCCAGGUGUACGGGAUAGGAGAAAGCUGGAUCACCAGUGACUGCUACCAGUGUGUUUGCAUGGAGCCUUUCGGAGUAGGAUGCUGUGACCAUGGAUCUCAGCCCGUGGACUACCCGGAUUGGUGCGAGCUCAUCCGUAAGCCGGAUUCUUGCACCAGCGUUGCAGUGAUGAGAGUCAAUCACAAACUGCCCUGCCUCUGGGGACAAGGCCGUCUCAGAACAGCUGCGGGCAAGCCGUGGAAAUCUGACAAUGAUCCUUUAUUUUGAAUUCAGUAAAUAAAGCCAAAGUAACAAGCAAUACAUAAAAUGUGGUAUUUAUUUUUGAGCUACUGAAUAAACCAUCAGUUUUAGUUUAUCAUACAUUGGUGAAUUUCAAUAAAUAAAUAAAUAAACAAACAGUUUGCAAUUACCUCCAUGUCUGUUGGCUGUACCAUAUUAAUAUUUAUAGUUUUAAUAUUUUGGUGUUCAUGUUUGUUCUUGAAUUGUUACUUUAAAUGGGUUACAUGUGUCUGGUUUGUGCUUUAAGAUCAAAUUAAAAAAUACAUUACAACUGAUUUGUG